AUGAACGACGACGACUACGAAGCGAACGACAACUUUUGGAGUGACUUCUGGCCGAGCGAUUGCAGCCCCGAGGCCUUACACCUAGCUUUGGCCAUGAAGGAGUCUGGCGCCGACAUUCGCCCAACUCAAAAGGGCUUCGAGGUCAAUCAGAAAGCAGGCCGCCCACAUCCCAUCAUAGGCGACUCCCCGAAAUGCUGUCCCGAUUCUAAGCACUGGACCAUGGACGACGGUGACUGGGUCUGCGUUGGGUGUGGUGCGGUGUACGCGCAGGACUUUUUUCACCAACCCGCGCAACCAUCUCUGGCUCCACUCCUUCCUCCUACUGACCUGGCGGUCAAUGGAAAUCUCGUUCUGCCGCCCAUGUCUUGCUGCCUGAAGCCUGACCCUCGUGAGGAAGGAGAUGAGUGGACGCUGUGCGACCGCUGUGGCCAGGAAUACUUCGAUUACAAAUAUGAUGAAGACUUUCAGAAAGCGAUCCAAGCAGGCUCGGGAUUUGGUACUGGUGGGCCGACGUCUGGUGAGUCAGGGCAAUCGAUGGGUCAGCAAGCGGAGACUUACUGGAGGAACCAAGCCGAUUCGUACAUGCACAAUCUUCGUCAACCAGCAAAUCUGAACCACGCUCCUCUUUCGACGGGAUCAGUUACUGGCUCGAGUGACUUCCAGGCAUCCACCGCCUAUACACGUCGUCGUCUACGCGCACCGCGUUCUGAAGGCGAUAUUCGAGCACUGGGAGACGAAGACGACGAGAAUCUUGCGGCUUCUCUCCGUGUACCUUCCUUCAACCCAAUCCUUCCGCCAGCUCCACCAGUCAAUGAUCCCACUCCAGGACCAUCGAAGCCCAAGGCAAGACGCGCGAUAAAACCACCUACUAUCACCUCCAACGUUCCGGUGCGACCCCGUCUGCCUAGAUAUCGCACGCCCACUCACUGCCUCACUUGCAUGGCAGAAGAGGGUAUCCGCAACAUGAACUGCACACUCUGUCACCAGUGUCACUCCGAACGUCAUACCACCGGUAGGUGCAAGAUGUUGAAGCCCAAGUUCCACAAGUUCAUGGAGCUUUCUGUGGAGCUACGUCAGCGCAUCUAUGCGCUCGCGCUCGAUACAGACCGACCCAUCAGGCCUCAUCUGUGCGACUAUACCGACGAUCAGAUCGUCCAAUUCCACGACGAUAAUGCAGAGCAUCACUUCGCGACUAGCGAUCUCCUCGGCAUCACCCGCGUCAGCAAGCAGGUCCGCGAGGAGUCACUUCCCAUGUUCUAUUCCGCGAACACCUUCUCCAUCGGUUAUGAUACGUCGACUUAUUUCGACCGCCUUGCGUACCUGGGCCGUUUCCACCUGGUUCGCCACGUCCGGUUCCAGAUCGAUAACCGCAAGGAGUCCAUGUCGCCCAGCAUUCUGCGGCGUUUGAACCAGUACAUCAAAGAAGCAGAUGUUUACGAGAAGCAGCUGACCGGUCCCGUUGGCCAGCAUAUCUCAUCGCUGAAGAAGCAUCCCCAGUACCUCUACGGCGGCUGCCCCGAACUCAACACCCUCAUCACACUCAUGAAACUCACCUCGCGCCUCGACAACCAGACCAAGAACCAGUACGAAGGUAAAGGCAAAGGCAAAGCCACCGAUAUCACCACCAGCAGCCCACCCUUCCACUCCAAGCUCGUCGUCCCCGUCUCCUCCGUACCCAACUUCAUCGCCUACACCGCCUACAAAUGGUUCCCAACCGUCAUGUACGGCCUCGGCAUCCAACUGCACUACGUCGACAACAUUCCUUUUGCCUUUGUCGAUGGCGGCACUGUCGGCAUUACGUGGGAACAGCGGCUGCAGAAGAAGGACUUUGGCGAUAUCCCUGAUUACGUUGAUCCGGUGGAUAGUAGCGGGCAGACGGCGGCGUAUAAGAUGGCGCUUAAGCUGGAUCCUGGGUUAGAGGGGAGGCAGAGGCCCAAGGCGUGGGCGUAUUUGAGGGAAACUUGCUGGAAAAAGAGCUCUUGGAUCGACGACAAUGGCAUACCCUGGGGCCACGACAGCGAAACAUGGAUAUGCGACAGACGCCAAACCACCUUACCACUAUUGAGCAGAAGCGCUUUGCAAUGUGUAAUAUGCAGCAUGCUCAUACGGGAUCUGGAAACACGGCCGGUUUACGAACGAGUCGCACAGGAACAGGAUAUGGAAGUCAUCCCAGCAUGGCUUCAUCUAUCCGAAUCUGAGACUUACGGCUCUAAACUUGAUCUUUAUCUAGACAAGGACAUGCCUGAAGCUACUGCUGUGGAGUUUCGAAAUAGAUUUGUAAAAUUAGAAGACUCGCUUGACCCAACGCCAGUGAAGCAAUUUAGGGCUUGGUUUGAUAAAUGCAACGCCCGGCAUGAGAGAUGUUCUGCGAUCCAGCAAGAUUCGUUGUUGCCUACAAGAGUGCUGGAUCUCGAUGACAUGCCCAGUUCCGACGCUCUAGCCGAAAACAUGAAGCAGUGGCCAGAACUGUUUUCUCAAUCCAAAUCAUCGGCUUUCAAGAUCUUCCUAAGACGCUUCAAGAUGCUGCUAUGGUGGUUCGGUCUCUCGGCCUACGUACAAGAUGACACAGCAGACUGGGAAAAAGAAUCGGCUGUCAUGGCCGACAUCUACUCAGGAUCAUACAUCAACAUUGCUGCAUCCAACGCUUCACAUUGCGGAGCAGGCUUCCUAGGACCACGGAAGAUGCCAAUGACUGAACGUAUUGAAAUCCACGAUAGCGAAGGUGAUCUAGAAGUAUAUCUCGUCGCUCAACAGACCCGCAACUACGCACUACCAAGCGACCCCCUCGAAACACGAGCCUGGGUCCUCCAAGAACAACUCCUACCAUCCCGCUCCCUCCAUUUUGGCAGCGCCAACAUGUUCUGGCGCUGUCCCGACGGCAUCUCGCACGAAGAGCAAAGGCGAGGCUGGACGCACCUCUACACCCUCGACGCCGUAGUCUACAGCAUCAACCUUCCCAUCGGUGCCGCCAUUGGCCAAGACGCAUGGUUCCAACUCGUCCGCGACUACACCGCCCGCGGGAUAACAUACCCCAAAGACAAAUUCCCGGCCAUCUCAGGCGUCAUGACGGUCUUACAGCGUAUGACUGGCGAUGUCUGCGCCGCGGGACUGUGGAAGCGGAAUUUCGCCAAGUGGCUCCUGUGGGUACCUAGACAUGAUGUCGCGCCCUUCAAAAGACCGGAGGUGUGGACGGCACCGUCUUGGUCGUUCAUGUCUGGGGAAGGGCCUGUGGAUUACGGAUUAGGUGAUCUUACUAUAGGUAUGAAUACCUCGCUGCGAGGCUUCUGUGCCUUUCUUGAAGAAUGCAGAGUCGUGCCUAAAGGACUGAAUCCGCUUGGUGAGUUGAAAGAUGGGUGGGCAAAGAUCAGUGGGCCAGUGACGGAUGCCAUUGCUAUUAGCGAAGAUGUAGCGACAGGGAAGAGUCCGUAUCGGUCGUGUAGGGUGCAGAUGCGCGAUCAAAGCUACCAAGAUGCACGCGUUCUUUUUGAUGUUGAGGCGUAUGAGGCUUGUGAGGUUCUGAUCGUUGCGCCGGCUUUGGGUGUGGCAAUCCUUAGUACGGAUAAAGAGCGGGGCGACAUCUACCUCUAUCCUCUCGUGGUAUUCUCGGAUGUUGACUAUCUUCAAGUACCCAUAAUCGCCGGAGCAGCAGGCACAGCAGCCCUAGCAGCCUACCUCAACGCGAAAUAUCAUAUUGCCCAUGACCUUAGGCUUAAACGCGGUGCUCUCUCGCCGACACAAGAUGUCCUCGACUUCAUCACCGACCGUGCAACUCGCAAACGUGCUCUCACGUACCACGCUUUCGAAGACCAGGUCCGCAACCAGCCAAACCAUACAUUCCUCAUCUUCGAAGGCAAAACCUGGUCAUACAAGGAGUUCUUUGAUGCAUUCACCAGGGUGGGGAAUUGGUUGAUAGAGGACCUGGGCAUACAAGCUGAUGAGGUGGUUGCUGUGGAUGGCGGGAACAGCCCGGAGUAUCUGAUGCUCUGGUUUGCUCUCGAUGGGAUUGGAGCUGUUCCGAGCUUCGUCAACUGGAACCUCACUGGGACAGGAUUGCUAUGCAACUGCAGAUUCCUCAUCGCAGACGCCGAUGUCAAGAGCAAUGUCGAGCCAUGCCGUACGGAUCUCAAGGAGACCGGCAUCAAGAUCCAGUACUACGAUCCCUCGUUCUUCGCGUCGCUACCGAACCCGACUAUUAUACCAGACUCGCGUCGCGAACACAUUACUAUAGAGUCCCUCCGCUCGCUACUGUAUACUUCCGGAACGACCGGGCUGCCCAAAGGUGUGACUUUGAGCACUGGUCGCGAGCUCUUGACUGGCUACAGCGCCGCCAAAUACCUCGAACUGAAACCGGCAUCCAGAAUGUACACAUGUAUGCCACUUUAUCACGGGGCUGCGCAUGGCCUUUGCGUUACACCGAUGGUUCAUGCUGGCGGUACAGUCGUAUUGAGCCGGAGGUUUUCGCACAAGACCUUCUGGCCUGAAGUCGCAGCUUCAGAUGCGGAUAUCAUUCAGUAUGUCGGCGAGCUCUGCAGGUAUCUACUCAACGGCCCGACGAAUGCAUUCGAGCGGAAACACAAAGUAAAGAUGGCAUGGGGCAACGGCAUGCGCCCUGACGUGUGGGAACCCUUUCGUGAGCGUUUCAACAUACCCAUCAUCAACGAAUUAUAUGCGGCUACCGAUGGAUUAGGGGCGACAUUCAAUCGCAACGCUGGUCCCUUCACGGCGAAUAGCAUUGGUCUCCGAGGGCUGAUCUGGAAUUGGCGGUUCGGCGACCAGGAAGUGAGGGUGAAGAUGGAUGUUGAUACGGAAGAGAUCAUGAGAGAUGCAAACGGCUUUGCAAUUAGAUGUGGAGUGAACGAGCCGGGCCAAGUGCUGCAUAGAUUAACACCGGAGACGGUGGCUACUUCGCCAGGCUACUACAAGAACGAAGGCGCCACAGAGAGUAGGAGAAUUAGGGAUGUGUUCGAGAAGGGCGAUAUAUGGUUCAAGUCUGGAGACAUGAUGCGACAAGAUGCCGACGGCCGCGUCUUCUUCGUCGACCGUCUAGGUGAUACAUUCCGUUGGAAGUCAGAGAACGUAUCGACAAACGAAGUAGCCGACAUGCUCGGAAAGUUCCCACAGAUCGCUGAAACGAACGCAUACGGCGUCCUUGUGCCUGGCUACGACGGCCGAGCGGGGACUGCAUCUAUCGUUAUGGCAGAUGGAGUCACAGAGUCAACAUUCGACUUCGCAGCUCUGGCAAAGCACGCGAAAGCAGUCUUACCGAGUUAUGCAGUGCCGCUUUUUCUAAGAGUAACGCCUGCAUUAGAGUAUACGGGCACUUUGAAGAUUCAAAAGGGUAGAUUGAAGAAGGAAGGUGUUGAUCCGGAUAAGAUCACUGGAGAUGAUAAGCUGUACUGGCUACCAGAGGGUAGUGAUCGGUAUCUCCCAUUCACGAAGAAGGAUUGGGAGGCUGUAGUAGAGAAGAGGGUACGAUUGUCAUAG